AUGACCAUCAAGCUGGAAGAUGUCAGUGAUGCUCUACUUCCGCGUCGGUACCAAGAGGAGAUCUUUGCGCGAGCGCAGAGAGGCAAUGUUAUAGCUGCGCUAGACACCGGAAGUGGAAAGACCUAUAUCAGCACCCUGCUCAUCAAAUGGAUUUCAGCGAGGCAUAUAGGUCUCAGGAAGAUCAUCGUAUUUCUCGUCCCUAAGGUCGCUCUCGUCGAUCAGCAGGGUGAUUUCAUCGCGAAACAAACACCUUUGCGGGUCAUCAAAUGCUGUGGUGCAACCGCGGUAGAUCUCUCGGACAGGCAAGGUUGGAAGAAGGAGUUGGACCGUGCAGAUGUUCUCGUGAUGACUGCGCAAAUUUUUCUUAAUUUGCUUACGCACUCACAUUGGAGCCUCGACAAGGUGUCUCUAAUGGUUUUCGAUGAAUGCCACCACACACGGAAGAAUCACGCGUACAAUGGCAUCAUGCGUGAAUACUUUCAGUGUCCUACUCAAGACCGUCCUAAGAUAUUUGGCAUGACGGCUUCGCCCAUCUGGAAUCCCAAGGAUGCCGUAGAGUCUCUGGCAACUUUAGAAAGGAAUCUCGAUGCCAAAGUCAUUGCGGUCCGCCAGCAUGUAGGAGAAUUAAUGGAUCACUCCCCGAAACCUCAGGAGCUUCUACACGAAUAUCCCCCGCCUUUACAAUCGUACCCUGUCUAUCCAACUCCAACGCUCUGGGAGCGUAUGAAUUUACAACAGCUUCCGCCCAAUAUUGGCAUACCCAUCGACAAGAUUCGGACUAGGUAUGAAGUGACCUACGCCAGCCUUGGUCCUUUCGGAGCGGAAUUGUACUUGUAUAACGACAUCAAGCAACGAAUUACACAGAUAUUCCAACAGAUCAGCGGAGUAGACAUUGAUUAUCUCUCUGUCGGCUACGCCGAUACAGCUGGCGGUGAUUCGGUGGUUCCUAAUUUACCGGACGUCGAGCUUCCGGCUGAACUGGAGGACCUUCAGGAUGCCUUGGUCGAAUAUCGCUCCUUUUUCGAGGACGACAGUAACUCGAAUUCCGUCCCGUUGACUGUCCAUCUCAAAUGGUGCUCGCCAAAAGUUCGCGAGUUGAUCGAUAUUCUCUUUGGGCAUUAUACAUCUACAUUUCAAGGCAUCGUCUUCGUCGAACAACGCCAUGUGGCAGCUUGCCUGGCGACGAUGCUAUCCCGCGUCCCCCAGCUCAGUCACCUUAUCAAGAGUGAACAACUGAUCGGUCACGGUGCUAGCACUCUUGCAAAGUCGCAGAUGAAGGGAAUGGCUCUUAAGACGCAGCAGGACAUUGUUAAAAUGUUUCGUGAGCGUAAGAUCAAUCUUCUCAUUGCAACCUCUGUGGCUGAGGAGGGUCUGGACUUUCCGGCCUGCGACCUCGUAAUCCGCUUCGACCCGCUGCAGCAUAUGGUGGGGUACUUGCAGUCUCGCGGACGCGCACGCCACAGAAGCUCAAAGUUCAUAAUCAUGGUGCAGCAAGGACAUACCGUCCACACGGCGCGGUAUAAGUCGUUUUCCGAGAGUGAACCGCAGCUCCGCGUAGUCUACCAGCGUCGUGACAUCGAGGCUCACUUCCCCGAUGAGGAGGAAGAAGAGCAAGCCCAUCCCGCAGACCUUGCCGAGAGAGAACGCUAUGUCGUGCCUUCUACGGGAGCUAUUCUCACAUACAACAGCGCGAUCGCGCUGCUUAAUCACUUAUGCUCGCUGAUACCUCACGACAAGUUCACGCCGACUCAUUUGCCUCGCUAUACCGGAGACUUUUCCUCGACACUGCAGCUCCCCAUGAGUCUUCCCUUACCUCAGGAAGAUUUGACCUACGUUGGUCCAAAUAGACGCUCGAAGAAAGAAGCCAAACGAGCCGUUGCGUUUGUCGCCGUGCAACGCCUACAUCUCCUGGGCGUGUUUGACGACUAUCUGCUGCCUGCACAAAGCAACGGUGCCUCUGGUGCUGACGCCGAUGGCAGGGCCAUUCAGGAUGUUAGCAAGAUCCCCGAUAUGAUGAAAGUCGACGUUCGGGAUCCUUGGACGACAGGCCAAACACUGUGGCUGGAUAUCGUCUACCUCGAUGGCCUCCCGUGCGCCGGUCUCAUCACGGGAACGUUGCUACCUUCCGUAGAGCUGGUCUGUCGAGGGACCUAUGUAUCUACGAGUGAGCGGUGCAAGAUAACGUUCGACGAAGAUGACGAAUGGAAACAACGCCGAGUGCUGGAAGACUUUAUGAGAAUGGGGAUAUGGUGGUGCAUCACUGGGAGAGGGAUUACUCUUCCACUGACGUGCUACCUCGUUCCCAUAACUCAUACCUUACAAAUAAAUUUUGAUGCCCUCGAACGGGCGGUCCAACAUCCGUAUGGUAUCCCUUCCUGGGAGGGGAUUGGUGAAGACGAUUAUCUCCAAACGCUUGUUAUGUGCUCGAGAGAGCCUGGCCGGCCCUAUCUCCUGCGGAAAAUCCGCACAGACAUCUCACCACUGUCAACCCCACCUCCAGGAUCACGAGAGGCGGCAUUCUCGACAUACAAAGAAUAUUGGCAGGACAAGUUUAGCAGGAAGGGAACCACUUUCGAAGUUCCUGAAACAGGACCGUGCGUUGAACUGCAGCCAUAUCUCCGUCACACGUCUUGUGUGUAUUCCCUGGAUAACGGGGAUGGUGCACAAGGGGCUCCCAUGACUGUACCACUGGUUGUGUUGUUUCCCUUGAGCCUAUGUCGAAGAGCGGAGAUAUCCGAAGAUGUCUUCCGUGCAUUCCACGUUUUACCCGAGUUGUGUCAUCGCAUCACCGAUGUCUAUCGUGCUCACACAGCGCGCAUCGAAUUGGGACUCCCGCCGAUCGUCGACGACCUGCUCGUGCAGGCCCUCACGCUGCCUAGCGCAAAUGCUGGAUUCAAUAACCAACGGCUGGAGACGCUGGGCGACUCUGUCCUCAAGCUAGCGACUGUUGUAUACCUAUUCAAUAAAUAUCCUCAUCGGCACGAGGGCCAGCUCGACGUGCUUCGUCGGAACUCUGUCUCGAACCGCACGCUGCUUGCGCGCGCCAAGGAAGUUGGACUUGAGCAAUAUCUGUCCAGCGAACCGCAGAGUGUGCGGCUGUGGAGAUAUACUGCGCUUCCCGAUCGUGACCUCUUCGAGCCAUAUCGAUAUGUGCCACGGGUUUUCCCUCGUCGAAGCUUGCAGGACUGCAUGGAGGCCCUACUUGGAGCGGCAUUUGUUGCGGGUGGGAUACCAAUGGCACUUCGAGCGGGAACUGCACUCGGGUUGAGUUUCGGCGGCCCGCUGCCCUGGAACGCUCGCUAUGGUGGCCAGAUCGCGGAGAGUCCGGUGACAGUUUUGUUCACAGAUCUACAGGACACGCUGGGGUAUCGAUUCCGCUGCGGUAAGCUGCUACUGGAAGCUGUCACCCACCCCUCCUUUGGCGCGGCCGAAACGUCCUCGUAUCAGCGCCUGGAAUUUCUCGGUGAUGCCUUGAUCGAUCUCACAGUUAUGCGAUAUCUGUACAACAAGUUUCCCGAAGCGACGUCCGGCCAACUCUCGUGGGCUCGAUCGCGAGCAGUAUGUGCUCCCGCGCUAGCUUCUGUGGCCGUGAAACGGCUUGGGCUGCAGAAACUUCUCCUUGUUAACAAUGUCGAGCUGAGCAUUGCCAUGGGGAAAUGCAUCCCCAUUCUCGAGAGCCUGUCGGAGGAAGAAAUCAUCCUCAGUGGUUGGAAGCAAGAUCCUCCCAAGGCCAUGAGCGAUGUACUGGAGAGCGUUCUAGGAGCCGUAUUUGUUGACUUGGAUUUCAAUUUCGAGAAAGCUUCCAGCAUAGCAGAACAAGUCCUGAACGAUUUGCUUGAGGUGCUCACCCCGGAGCUCCCUAGAGAUCCAGUGUCGAACUUGAUGGUCUGGGUUGCGCAGGCCGGAUGUAGACGAGUUACUUAUCGGAAAUCAUCGAGCCGCCCAGAUGUCAAACGGAACGACAGCAUCUCAGUUGUCGUUCACGAACACACCCUCGUCGGCCCUCUUGUUGCCCCCAAUCUAUCUCUGGCAAAAGGACUUGCAUCUGAACGUGCUCUCGCCAUUCUCUCCAACCCUGAAUCUCCACAGUCGAUCGCUCAUCUAUGCACUUGCAACAUCGCCGUCGAAAAAGAGAUCGCUGCCGAUCAAGUAGAAUUAGCAGAUGACGAGACGGAAGAGGGUUUUGCGGCGAUCGCGCGACUCAUGGCGGAGGAGCUUGAAGCCUGCGGAGAAACGGAUCCCAACGUCAAUAACGAGUCGCCUGGAUGCCAGGAUGAAUAUUUGUUGGACUCGCGCGAAGAGGAAGAGGUAGAGCAGAUGAUGCAGAUUGAUGAUUAUGAUGAAUCCUUGAAUUCAACACCAGUGCAGGGUGAGAGGAUGGAUUUCUGCUGA